UAUUGUUUUUUAUUAUGAAAAAUGAGUUUGAAAAGAAAAAGAGCCUGUAAAGUAUUCUGUUAAGAGCAGAUUUCUGCAAAUGAUAUACUCCGAUGGGGGGCGGAGAUCCUCUCUUCUGAUUGGUUGAUAAUCUCCUGCUCCUGCUCUGUGAUUGGUCGGAGGACCUGUGGUGUGCUGUGAUUGGUUUAGAGUAUCCGGGGGGAACUAUGGGGGAAUAUGGUUGUCAGGAACAUGAACAGUAAAUACAAAGGAAGGAAACACUCGACAUGUCCGGUUCCUGGGUACCCUCCCAGUACUACAUUGCUAACUACACUAACAACAACAUGAAGGAGGGAGAGGGUGGGGUGCAUUACCCCCUCCUCCCUCACUACCACGCUCCCGAGGAGCAGGAGACGGAGGAGGGAGAAUACUUCCACACCCUCCGGGUUCAUCCUGUACGAGAAACCAAGAGGGUUGGAAACUGUACAAGCAUCAAUUCUGCGUUUGAGGAACUACGACGACAUGUACCCACAUUCCCAUAUGAGAAACGUCUGUCUAAGAUUGAUACUCUGAGAUUGGCGAUCGCGUACAUUUCUCUUCUCCGGGAGAUCCUCCAGAGUGAGCUUGAACCUGUGGAUUAUAUAGAGCGAAGUUUAAGAGGAGAACUACGAACCCCGGGAAGUAUUCACUGGAACACCAGCGAUCUUACAGCCAGGCUGUCCUGGAUCAAUUGGGAGAAUUUAGGAAUAACUCCGGCUAGAAAUUCAUUUUUAGGAGCUGCUCAAUGCUCGGAUAGCUAGGAGCAGCUAAACUGGAGCAGCCUAAUAUAUUCUUACUGUUACACUUCUUGUUAGUAUAAACGACCUGUUCCUAGCUGUGUUUUGGAACAGCUUAAUAUUGAAUGAAAUACAAAUCAAUAUGUUCCACGGAGCGCCAGUGUUUUAAUGAUGUGAAGAUUAGCUGUUAGUAUCCCCUCAGCCCAUCAGUGUUCCGUAAAUUAUGUGAGGGGUUCCAAGGAGAAGCAAAGUGUUCCUUGGAGUAGCCCAGUGUUUCUUGAGCAGACUAGUGUUCCAUCAAAUAUCUAAGAGUUCCACAAUGUACAUCAGGGUUCCAUUUUAAAUCUAAGGGUUCCGUAUAGAAACACAGUGUUCCUUGAAGUAAGAAGUUGAUAAUGUUCCAUUCUAUAUCUCCAUGGAGAAGCAUUGAGUUCCUCGGAGUAAGUCACUGUUCCAUGGAGAAGCAUAGUGUUUCUUAGAAUAAAGUCCAGUGUUCCAUGAAGUUUCCAAAUGUUCCAUUAUACACAUCAGGGUUCCAUCUUAAAUCUUAGGGUUGAGUGAAGAAACACAGUGUUCCUUGGAAUUGCAUACAUUACUAUCAAGUAUCUUAGGGUUCCAUGAAGAAACUGGUUUUCCUUGGAGUAGCUUAGCGUUCCGAAGAGUCUAGCUUGGUGUUCCGUUAUGGUUUUGACUUGAACGCUUAUAGUUCCAUUAAAAAUAUCACUGAUUCCUUGAUGUAGCUCUGUGUUUCAUUCAGUAUCUCAGGGUUCCAUAACAAACCCUACUGUUCCAGAGAAAAAGAAAACAUUUUAUUCAACUGAAGAUUCAGAAUGUAUAUCAAAAAUAAGAUUAAAACUCGAACAGAACAUUCAGUAUUUAUGUUUCAAUAUAUAUCAUAAACAAUACACAUGUACAUUUUACAUCUUUGUACAUGUUGUACACAGUAUAAUUUACGCAAAAAUAACAUAUCACAAGUGAAUAGUUAAAAUAAUACCGUAUACAAGCAGUUCUUGUGAAAAAAACUAAAUUGUAAG